GCCCGCCGAAGAGUCAUACAAUCAAUUACCGAAUACCAGAAUGUUCCAGCUGAAAACGGUCUAUUCCUUCCAGCAGAGCCUUCGAGUAGGUCCUCUGAUCCUGCUCCUGGUCCUACUGGCUCUCAGUCCUUCGGAGGCCAGAUGGACGAAGCGGCCCAGACGCACCACUGUUCCCUGGGGAAGCACCACCCCGAAGACCAGUCACCACCAGCACGUCCAUCACUGGCCACCACUGUUGGCGCCACCGAAGCCUCCUCAGCCACCUCAGGCGCCAACGCAGGUCCUUCCGGAAGUGGUUUACAAGCCCCAGAGCAGUCCCCGGCUAAUCGAUAGCUUCGAUCAGCGAUCCCUGGACGGACAGUACGAGUUCAGAUACCAACUGGACAACGGAAACACUCGCUACGAACGUGCCUAUUGGAUUCCCGUGGGCAAGGAACUCGUCCUGGCCAAAAAGGGCUACUACUCUGUGCCCCUGCCCAACAGCCAGUACUCCACUGUCUUCUACACCGCCGACCAUCGGGGCUACCAUGUGGAUAUGCAUACCUUGUCGGCGGAACAGCCAUUACUGCCAAAGAACCUGGAAGUUCCCGGAGUUCCUCGCCAAAAGGAUCCAGAAACUAAGAAGAAUAUAGAGCCCGAAUCGGAGCAUUCCGAGCAGGAUGUGAGAGUGGAGGAGCAGGAGGACACCCACGAGGAUAAGGACCUAGGGCAUGUCCCCACAACCGAGCUAUAUGCUGAAACCGAAAACGAAACCGAAACGGAGCCAUCAACUUUGGCCAACGACAUUUCGGCAACCGACAAGGAUGAUGAAGAUGAGAAUGUUUAUGACGACAUCGAUGAUGACGAUGAUGAUGAUGGAGGCGACUCAAAAUGAAAGGAUACUGCAGGAUAUGGGCGGAGUAGCGUGGAGCAGGGCGGAUCUGGAUCGAGGACAUGCACAGCCCCACAAACUUGGCUGACUCCCAAACUCGCUCCAGUUGCCGCAAAUCGAAUUGAAAACAAUUGUUGCCGUCAGCAGUCGGACACAGUUGAGUUGUCCUGUCGUUUCGGUUGCCAUUUCCCCCAUCAGUCCCGGUAAUAGUCCUGGCAACCAUCCUAAAGGACCUAAAGGACAAGUCAACUCCAAGUUCAUCGUCAUCUUUAAGGAAAUGUGUCUCAAUUGUUCGCUUGACAUGCUUCAUAUUUCCCAUUGCCCUUUUCCCAGCCAUGCCCACUCCCUCCCAUAUGCAUUUAAAUUAUUAAUAUAGCUUAAACUUUUUUUUUUUAAUAUUAAAUAAAGAAAAUGUCACUCUUUCAAA